AUGGCGGGCAGGCCAAACACCCACGAUGAUCUCCUACAUCUCAGCGACGACGAUGACAAUGAAGGGCCGACGUAUCACUCAGGCCAAGCACCACCGAUGAGCGACCAGGAGAUGCUGCACACAUACAACAUCUCCAACUCGAGUGCGCCGCGUAUCAGCACAUCCCACGAUGACUUCGUAGGCGCGCCGAGCACGAGCGGGCUACCUGGCGGGCCAGGUCAUGCCUCGACUGCUUCCGGGAGUAAUCUACAGCCUCCAAUGUUAGGACAGACAGGAAGAAACUACUCGCAGACUUCAGACCUGGAGAACUACCAAAGAUACUCAGAUCUCGACAAUGAUGGCUAUUCGGACUCUGCCUCUAUGGCAGGAGGCUACGCAGCAGGUGGAGGUAUCGACGAGGAGAACGUGCCAGGUCUGCCACUCAACAGGUCGCAAAGCAAGCAUAGAAGUCGGAACAGUAUUUUGAGCUUAGGCGGAGGCAUCAUGGGUCGAGCAAAGAACAUGCUCGGUAUGGGACCGGAAUACUCGGAGAUGGAUCUGCCGCUCACUGAGCAUGGUGCGCGAGCAGAUCACGUGGCUAGGACGAGGACAGACAGUAUGCCGGAUGGCUCACCUCCAUCACGGACUACACCUGGCGCAACCUUCAAAUUCGGCCUGCCUUCGAUAGGUAGACGAAAAGUCGAUCCUAGUACCCUCGGCCCACGCAUAAUUCACCUCAACAAUCCGCCUGCGAAUCACGCGAACAAAUAUGUCGACAACCACGUGUCCACUACCAAGUACAAUGUCGCCACGUUUUUACCUAAAUUCCUUUACGAACAAUUCAGCAAAUCCGCCAACAUCUUCUUCUUGUUCACCGCUAUCCUGCAGCAGAUUCCGAACAUUAGUCCGACAAACCGAUUUACUACUAUUGUGCCUCUGGGUAUAGUGUUGCUCGUCUCGGCGGGAAAGGAACUGGUUGAAGACAAUCGAAGAAAGAGCCAAGAUCGACAGCUAAAUCGCUCGGCUGCGAGAGUACUCCGAGGUACCCGAUUUGAAGAUGUGCGGUGGAUUGACGUUCAGGUUGGCGAUGUCGUUCGUGUGCAGAGCGAGGAGCCAUUCCCGGCCGAUCUUGUGCUCCUUGCUUCUUCCGAGCCGGAAGGACUAUGUUAUAUCGAGACGGCGAACCUGGACGGCGAGACGAAUCUGAAGAUAAAGCAGGCCAUACCCGAAACAUCCACCCUCGUCUCCUCAGCCGAAGUCGCGCGACUGGGAGGCAGAAUCCGAAGCGAACAACCAAAUAGCAGUCUCUACACCUACGAAGCAACCCUAACCAUGCAAGCCGGCGGUGGCGAGAAAGAACUCCCUCUCGCACCCGACCAACUCCUCCUCCGCGGCGCCACCCUUCGGAACACUCCCUGGGUCCAUGGCUUAGUAGUUUUCACCGGCCACGAAACCAAACUCAUGCGCAACGCUAGCGCGACCCCGAUCAAACGCACGAACGUCGAGAAGCGAGUCAAUAUCCAGAUCCUCAUGCUCGGCGCCGUCCUCAUCGCCCUCUCCAUCAUAAGCAGUAUAGGCGACAUCGUCGUCCGCGUCACUAUCGGCUCCAAACUCUGGUUCCUUGACUAUGACGGCAUCAAUGUCGCAGGACAAUUCUUUGGCGACGUCUUUACGUACUGGAUCUUGUAUUCCAAUUUGGUGCCUAUCUCGCUGUUCGUGACGGUGGAGAUCAUCAAGUACUAUCAGGCCUUUCUGAUAUCCUCAGAUCUGGAUAUUUACCACGCCGAGACUGAUACGCCGGCGAACUGUCGGACGUCCAGUUUGGUGGAGGAGUUGGGGCAGGUGGAGUACGUGUUCUCGGAUAAGACGGGCACGUUGACUUGUAACAUGAUGGAGUUUCGGCAGUGUUCGAUUGCUGGGAUGCAGUAUGCGGAUGAUGUGCCGGAGGAUCGCAGAGUAGUGGAUGGGGAUGAGUCCGGGGCCGGGGUGUAUGAUUUCAGGGCGCUGGAGAGGCAUCGGUUGCAGGGGCAUAACGGGGAGCAGAUUCGGGAGUUUCUGAGAUUGCUGUCGACCUGUCAUACGGUCAUCCCGGAGAUGAAUGCGGAGAAGCCGGGGAUCAUAAAGUAUCAGUCUGCGUCGCCUGACGAGGGCGCGCUUGUGGAUGGUGCUGUCACGUUGGGCUUCAAGUUUGUGGCUAGACAGCCAAAAGCGGUCACGAUUGUGGUUGAUGGGCAGCAUGAGGAGAGGUAUGAGCUUCUCGCCGUCUGCGAGUUUAACAGUACGAGGAAGAGGAUGAGUUGUAUCUACCGCUGCCCUGAUGGCAAGAUACGAUGCUACUGUAAAGGUGCCGAUACUGUCAUUCUUGAGCGGCUUGCGAUCCGGGAUGAGAUUGUGGAGAAGACGCUGUUGCAUCUAGAGGAGUAUGCAUCAGAAGGUCUCCGCACGCUUUGUCUAGCCAUGCGCGAAGUGCCUGAAGCAGAGUUCAGGGAGUGGCAAGAUGUGUACAACACAGCCAUCACUACAGUCUCCGGCAACAGAGCGGACGAGCUAGACAAAGCAGCCGAACUCAUCGAACACGACCUCACCCUCCUAGGAGCCACAGCCAUCGAAGACAAACUCCAAGACGGCGUCCCAGACACCAUCCACACCCUCCAAACCGCCGGCAUCAAAGUCUGGGUCCUCACCGGCGACCGACAAGAAACCGCCAUCAACAUCGGCAUGUCCUGCAAACUCAUCAGCGAAGACAUGACCCUCCUCAUCGUCAACGAAGACUCCGCUGCCGCGACCCGCUCCAACAUCCAAAAGAAACUCGAUGCCAUCCGCUCCCAAAACGCCGGCAACCUCGAAAUGGAAACCCUCGCCCUCGUCAUCGACGGCAAAUCCCUGACCUUCGCCUUAGAAAAAGAUCUGGAGAAAUUAUUCCUCGACCUCGCAGUAGCCUGCAAAGCAGUAAUCUGCUGCCGCGUCUCGCCGCUCCAAAAAGCCCUCGUAGUGAAACUGGUCAAACGCCACCUCAAAGCCAUCCUCCUCGCCAUCGGCGACGGCGCAAACGACGUCUCCAUGAUCCAAGCCGCCCACAUCGGUAUCGGCAUCUCCGGCGUCGAAGGCCUGCAAGCCGCCCGCAGCGCCGACGUCUCGAUCGCCCAAUUCCGAUUCCUGCGCAAGCUCCUCCUGGUCCAUGGAGCGUGGUCCUAUCAGCGAAUCAGCAAGGUGAUUCUAUACUUCUAUUAUAAGAACACGGCGCUAUUCAUCACGCAGUUCUGGUAUUCAUUCCAGAAUGCCUUCUCGGGGCAGGUGAUUUACGAGUCCUGGACGUUGUCGUUUUUUAACGUCAUCUUCACUGUGAUGCCGCCUUUUGUCCUCGGGAUCUUCGAUCAGUUCGUUAAUGCCCGGCUUUUGGAUCGGUAUCCGCAGCUCUAUCAGCUCAGUCAGAAAGGGGUGUUUUUCCGGACGCAUAGUUUUUGGUCGUGGGUCGGGAAUGGCUUUUACCAUUCGCUGUUGCUGUACUUCGUUUCGGAGUUGAUCUGGUGGGAUGAUGGGGUGUUGCCUUCGGGGGAGAUUGCUGGGCAUUGGGUUUGGGGCACGGCGUUAUACACAGCUGCGCUCGUCACCGUUCUCGGAAAAGCGGCGCUCAUCACCAAUAUCUGGACAAAGUACACCGUCAUCGCCAUUCCUGGGAGUCUACUCAUCUGGUUCAUUUUCCUGCCCGUCUACGCUAUCGUGGCGCCUAAGCUCGGUUUCUCGAAGGAGUACACGAACAUUCUGCCCGUGGUGCUGAGUUCUCCGAAAUUCUGGCUCAUGAUGAUCGUGCUUCCAGCAUUGUGUCUGGCGAGAGAUUUUGCGUGGAAGUAUGCCAAACGGAUGUAUUUCCCGCAGAGUUAUCAUCAUGUGCAGGAGAUCCAGAAGUAUAAUAUUCAGGAUUAUCGGCCGAGGAUGGAACAGUUCCAGAAAGCGAUCAGGAAGGCUAUGUACGAGGACAUGGAGGAGCUUCAAUGGGCCGCCUUAGGCUUGCGCAAUGCGUCGAUUCUCGCAGUUGACGAUGUUGUCAUGGUAGCGGGCUUUGAAGGUGCCGUAAUAAUGUAG